AUGUCGUUGAUCAUUGCCACUUUUGCAGCCCUUUCUUUGUGCUUCGCCCCUGCUCCUGGUGCAGCGGCGAUCUCGGCGCGGCGUCCGCUGCGGGGCAACGACACGCUGGUCUCGGCGCAGGGCAACUUUGAGCUCGGCCUGUUCAGCCCCGCUGGCAGCUCCGACGGCAGGUUCUACCUCGGGGUCUGGUACAAGAACAUCCCCGGCCAGACCGUUGUCUGGGUUGGCAACCGCGCGAGUCCAUUGUCAGGCGUCGCCUCCGCCGAGCUCCGAGUCUCUGCCAAUGACGGCAACCUCGAGCUCAUCGGUCCCACCGCUGCCUCUGCCUCGCCGGUCGUCGUGUGGUCAUCGAACCUGUCGUCAUCGUCACCGGGCUUGAACAACACGGCGGAGUUUCGCGACAACUUCCUAUCUAGUAUCUCAAUGGGCAGACUACGGAAAGUCUCAGCCAAGGAUGUUCCGCAAGUUUCUUCAGUUGAGAGUCCUAAUUCUUCAAAAGAUCCUUUCGUGCCUAAUGAUUUCGCUGAUGAGGAUGUUAUGUCUUUGGAUUUCUCGGCUCAGGAUGAAGAGUUUGAUAAAGAACUUUACAAUUUCUAUGUGAAUAAUAAAGUGAAGCACCUCAAGAGGAAAUUAUCAUCUGUUAGUAGAAGGAUGUCAGUUGUAUUUUGCGCUUACAGUGUAAUUCCUAGAAUUAUAGCUGAUGUUGAUCUCUCUGUGCCAGUUGUUGAUUGGUGA